AUGAUCUAUUUUCUAUCGUGCUACAUUUCAGGGGAUGGGAGGACACUAAUAAUCUGUAAUGCUGUUAUAUGAGAGAACGAAAUUGAGGCGGGUGAAUCAGGCACGCAAAAAGAGGACUGUCUAUGUGCCUUGAGCUCUGACGGAAAAAGCCAGUUGCCCCGAAACGGGAUUUCUCGAAGUGGGAUGCUGAUAACAUGAUCCUUGCUUGCCGAUUCGAGGCAGAAGUUGGCGCUCACACAUUAGUGCCUCAAUGAAUAGGCUACGUAAGAAUGAGAGGCUGGUCGAAGCUACUGUACAUUUGAAGCGUUGAGUGAAAGUCUGAACUUUAUAACUCUGAGCGACUUUAGAACUCUCGUCACAGCAAACUGGGGUAACAUUGAGAAUGUGGCGGUCCUGCUGGACAGCGUGUAUCUCGUGGACUUUAUUCAUCUGCAUCGUCAGAAGUUAUGCACAAGAAAGACAGGGUUACCUGAUUGCUGCUCCCUCAGUUUUCCGCGCUGGCGUGGAGGAGGCCCUGAGCAUCACCAUCUUCAACGCUGUGGAGGAGACGCAUGUCCAAGUCCAGCUCUCUGUGAAGGGUGAGACGGUGGCACACAGCCAUGGCACUGUGCUAGACAAAGGUACAAUCAAAUUAAAGGUCCCUCCUGGUCUGAGAGGUCAGGCCCAUCUGAAGGUGUGGGGGAAUCGCCACAUUACUGAGGGGGGAUAUAUCUUCCACAACUACACCACUGUCACUGUGGACAGCAAGGGCACAGCCGUCUUCAUCCAGACGGAUAAGCCAGUCUACAAGCCCAAACACAAAGUGCUCAUCAACGUGUACUCUGUCACUCCGGAUCUGAGGCCGGCCAAUGACAAGAUUGAAGCCUACGUUGUGGACCCAAGAGGAUCUCGGAUGGUCCAGUGGAAAGGGCUUAAACCCCUCUGCUGCGGGGUCGUCAACAUGAGUUUCCCUCUCUCAGACCAGCCCGUGUUUGGAGAGUGGUUCAUCUUUGUAGAGAUGCAGGGACACACCUACAACAAGUCCUUUGAAGUGCAGAAGUAUGUGAUGCCCAAGUUUGAGCUGGUGAUAGACCCUCCACAGUACAUCCAGGACCUCAACAUGUGUGAACAGGCCACUGUGAGGGCCAGAUAUAUCUUUGGGAAGCCAGUGACCGGGAAGAUGACAGUGAACAUGACAGUGAAUGGAGUUGGGUACUACCGGCAUGAGGUGGGCCAUCCUGUGGUCAAGACAAUGGAGAUCAAKGGCUCAGCGACCUUCAGCCUGUGUGUCAAAGACAUGAUGCCCCUGGAUGUGGCUGAUCAUUUCCGGGGCACGGUGAACAUGUGGGUGUCAGUGACCAGCAAGGACGGAGGGCGACAAACCAUGUUUGAUGAUUCAACCCCAGUUCACAAGCAGCUUAUCGACAUCAAAUACUCAAAGGACACUCGCAAACAGUUCAAGCCUGGCCUGCCCUACAAGGGAAAGGUAGAGGUAACUUACCCUGACGGUAGCCCAGCAGAUGGGGUGCGGGUGCGUGUGAAGGCGGAGCUGACCCCUAAGGACAACGUGUACACCAGCGAGCUGACGUCCAGGGAUGGCCAGGCCACGUUUGAGAUCCCCUCCAUUCCCAACUCUGCCCAGUACGUCUGGCUGGAGACCAAGGUGACAGCCAUAGAUGGCCGUCCGGCUGGAGACCAGUACCUCCCCAGCUACCUGUCCAUCAGCAGCUGGUACUCCCCCAGCAAGUGUCACAUUCAGAUCCAGAGCCUCAGCGCUCCUCUCAAGAUCGGUCAAGAGGCUGAUGUCACUUUGAAGUCCACCUGUCCCUGUAACUUCACCCUCCACUAUGAGAUCGCCUCCAGAGGAAACAUUGUCCAGUCCGGCCAGCAGCAGCCCAACGCUACAGCCCACAGAAGCAAGAGGGCAGCGGUCACCUUUGACAAGAACAUCCACACCACCACGCCACCCAGUGGCUCUGGUCCGGCAGCCUCCUCCCCACAGGGUGAGACAGACAGCUGUAUGUUGGUGCUGCGUUUCCCAGUGACCCACUCCAUGGCGCCCCUCAGCCGCAUCCUGGUCUACUAUGUGAAGGAGAAUGGAGAGGGCGUCACUGACAGUCUACAGAUCCCUGUACAGCCCAGCUUUGAGAACCAGGUGUCUGUCUCUCUGUCUACCAAUGAGUCGAUGCCAGGUGACCCUAUCAGUAUGCGUGUCACUGGUGAGAAGGGCUCCUGCGUGUGUGUCGCCACUGUGGACAAGAGCCUCUACCUUCUCAAGCCAGACUUCCAGCUCAGUCCAGACAAGGUGUUUAAAGAACUGGCAGACUUUGAUGUGUCCGAUGGCUUUGGAGUCCCCAAAGACGACGGGCACUUCUGGUGGCCGGGUCUGUCGUCUAAGCGACGGAGGCGUUCUUCAGUGUUCCCCUGGCACUGGGACAUCACUAAAGAUGCCCGCUUCGCCUUCACGGAGACUGGUCUCGUGGUGAUGACUGACAUGGUGACCCUGAACCACAGACAGACUGGAGGGAUGUACACAGAUGAGGCCGUUCCUGCCUUUCAGCCUCACACAUCCACACUGGUGGCAGCCAUGCACUCGCGCACUGUGCCCAGAGCCGAGAAGCGCAGGCGGACAUUCUUCCCGGAGACGUGGGUGUGGCACUGCAUCAAUGUCAGUGAUGUCACCGGCGAAGCUGAGUUACGAUUGGACGUUCCAGACUCCAUUACCACCUGGGUGACAGAGGCCAUUGGCUUGUCAGAGGAGAAGGGGCUGGGCCUUGCCAAGAGGGCGGAGCUUCGUACCUUCAAGCCCUUCUUCGUCGACUUCACCCUCCCCUACGGUGUGAUACGUGGGGAGCAGACCAAAGUACCGCUGACUGUUUACAACUACCUGUCUACCUGCGCAGAGGUCUAUGUCAAAGUCACCGUUCCCAAAGGCAUCAAGUUUGUGGGUCACCCCGGGAAGCAUCACCUGACCAGGAAGAAAUGUGUGGCUCCUGGAGAGGCCACACCCACAUCCAUAGUGCUGUCCUUCACUGAGCUGGGCGCGGCUAACAUCACAGCACGGGCCAUUGCCUAUAGUGAGCCGGGCUGCUGCUUAGAUGGACUCCAGUCAACUAAAACAGGCAAAAACAUAGAUGACCUGGAGGACCGGAGGACCCCCAUUGGCCUUGACUAUGUCCGAAGGAGUGUCCUGGUGGAGCCAGAGGGCCUGCCCAGACAGUACACCUACAGUGUCUUCUUCUGCCCCAACGAGCGAAUCCACAUCUCCACACCCAACAAGUAUGAGUACCAGUACGUAAAGAAGCCGGCCAAGAUGACUCACUUUGAGGUGGCAGUGAAGACCCACAACGAUGCCCAUUUUGCCCUCUCACCCAGCCCCCACGACUGUGCUGAGAUGCUGGAGAUUGUACUGGGGGGCAGACAGAACACCCGCUCCUGGAUCUCCCUGGGCAAGAUGGGUGAACCAGUGGUCAGCUCCCCCACCCCGGGCAUCCUCUCAUGGGAUGAGUUCCGCAGCUUCUGGGUCAGCUUUAAGGGUGGUGUGGUGCAGGUCGGACAUGGUUUGCAGCCAUCCAAUGAGUCGGUGAUCCUACAGUGGUCUGGCCCCCUCCCUGGCCAGGUGCGUCACAUAGGUUUCUCCACGGGCUGGGGCUCGGUGGGUGAGUUUAAGAUCUGGAGGAAGGAGGACUCUGAUGAGAACCACAACGAGGCCUUCACCCUGGGCGUCCCUCACAACGUGGUGCCUGGCUCUGAGACCGCCACUGCCUCCAUGAUAGGAGACGUGAUGGGCCCCACCCUCAACAACCUGGACAAGCUGCUGCGGCUGCCCUUCGGCUGUGGGGAGCAGAACAUGAUCCACUUCGCCCCCAAUGUUUUUGUCCUCAAGUACCUGCAGAAGACCAGGCAGCUCAGCCCUGAGGUGGAGGCUGAGGCCACAGACUACUUGCUGCAAGGGUACCAGAGACAGCUGACCUAUAAGCGCCAGGAUGGAUCCUACAGUGCCUUUGGAGAGAGGGACUCCUCUGGAAGCAUGUGGUGUACUCUUCCCCAGGAGGAGAAGACUGCUGUGGCCAAGGCAAAGGGUUUCCUGGAGAGUAACACAUACACAGCUGAUGACCCGUACACCACAGCCCUGUCUGCCUACGCCCUGGCCCUGUUACGAAGCCCCUACGCCACCCUCGCCCUUCGACGCCUCAACCACAUGGCCAUCACACAAGAUGGCUUUACCCACUGGAGUCUGACUGGCAGCACGGUGACAGAUGAGGCCACCUUCAUGGGCUUUAGUGACGGUCUUUCUCAGUCAGUGGUGUCAGCGGAGGUGGAGAUGACAGCAUACGGUCUGCUGACCUACGCCCUGCUGGGUGACGUGGCCUCCGCCCUGCCUGUGGUCAAGUGGCUCUCCCAGCAGAGGAACGCCCUCGGGGGCUUCUCCUCCACACAGGACACGUGUGUAGCUCUUCAGGCYUUGUCUGAGUACGCCAUCCUGUCGUACGUGGGAGGAGUUAACCUGACCAUCUCUCUGGCCUCUACCAACCUGGACUUCCAGGAGAGCUUUGAACUGCACCGCGACAACCAAAAGAUGCUGCAGAGCGCCUCGAUCCCCAGUAUUCCCACAGGGCUGUUUGUCAGUGCUAAAGGCGAGGGCUGCUGUCUAAUGCAGAUUGAUGUAUCCUACAAUGUGCCCGACCCCUUGGCCAAGCCAGCCUUCCAGCUCAAGGUGGACCUGAAAGAACCCAGGCAGGAGCGGCACCCGCCAGCACCACCCUCCCCCCACCACCCUAGUCCUCGCUCCCGUUCCCGUGCCGACAACCGCUCAGAGCUGAGCCGCAAACGCCGGGCGGCCACCGAUGAUGAAGACCCCGCAGCUCACCAAGACAACCUGGACUACCGCAUCACCCUGGAAGCCUGCGCCAGGUGGCUCCACUCAGGUUCUUCCAACAUGGCUGUCUUGGAGUUCACUCUGCUCUCAGGUUUCUGUUCCGAUGUGGAAAGCUUGGAGAGGCUGCUGAUGGACAAGAGGGUUGGUCUGAAGAGGUACGAAGUGGACGGAAGGAAGGUCCUCUUCUACUUUGAUGAGAUCUCCAGUCAGUGUAUGACGUGUGUGGCCUUCCAGGCUGUCAGGCAGUACAUAGUGGGCAAGACAGCGCCUGUUCCUGUCAAGGUGUACGACUACUACGAACCAGCGUUUGAGGCCACCCGCUUUUACAACGUGAGCGAGAGCAGUCCACUGGCCCGCGAGCUGUGUGAUGGCACCACGUGCAACGAGGUGGAGAGCUCAACCAACCAGUGGAUAGGCUUUGUCCAGGGGAACCAAUGUAACAACGUGUUUGGCUGUCUGGAGGAGGAGAGGUUUGAGCGUUGCACCUGUUACAGGGACUGUGGCUAUGACGGGGAGCUGGUGUGUGGCUCAGACGGACAUCUCUACCAGAAUCAGUGCCAGAUGGAGGUCUUUGCCUGCCGCAACGGGACCCGCAUAGAACAAGUGCCCAUGUCCCAGUGUCCUGAGACGGAAUCCACCACGGAGGACAGAGAGACUAACAACAGGCGACGGAACCAGGCCAAGCUCCUGUGCCUGUACACAAAGGUGAGGAAGAGCAGGGUUCCAUGGCUGAGGUGUCCUACUAUUCCUAUGAGUAUGACCCAGACUCAGAACCCUUCGCUGCGGAGGGGGAGGACCACUUUGAGCUGGCGGAAGGGGAGCAGGGGGGAGAGCAGGACAGUCCAUCAGAUAGCCAGCUACCCACACUGGACACAAAGGACACCCAUGAGCGAUGAAACUUCCCCCGACUGCAUCACCAGCCAGAUCUCCAAAUUGUACAUUGUUUGUUAAUAUGUUAGAGUGGGUGGAGAGAGAAGGAAAAGUGGGGACUGCCCAUCCUGAAAGGAAGAGAUGGUGGGGGGGGGUGCGUGCGCGCAUAUGAAUGACUUAAGGACUACGCGUGUGUGUGUGUGUGUGUGUUACUAUGCUAGUCCCCCUCCAGCCCUCUGUAUUUCUCUCUUUUAUAUCUCCAGUCUCCUAUUCAACAGUAGACACCAUAGCGUCUUUGAUAUUCACUGUAGUGCCUUUACAUUGUUUUUCUGUAACCUCUAGAUGGAGGUGUAAUUACACCUGAGUUAAAACAAAUGUUUUUUUUAACUGUGGUAUUUAUUUGUAGCUAGUGCUUCUUUUCGUUUAUUUGUUCCAAUGCCUCCCCCUAUUGCCUUUUUGUCCUGUCACCUACACCGAUGUCUUCAUUUAAUUCAUAAAAAAUAUGUCAAGAUGUCAUGGACCUGUUUUUCUUAUUCUGAGGAAGCCUUAGGUCGAACACUGAGGUGUACAGUGGAUAUCUUUAUGUACUUAUUUGGUGUGUUAACCUACUAGAGACUGAAUUUCUGCAGCCUUAAACUGGAGGAUUAAGAUAAGCUCAAUUCUUCUAAACAUUUUUACCAAGCUACCAAUAUCUCCACAUAAUAAGUCCUAUUUGGGUAUAGCUGUCACCUGAACAGACAGGGAUUUGAUUGUACAGUACAUAAGCUAUUUUGUUUUGUUAAAUUUUUGAUUCUUGAUAUCCUAAAACAAGAAUAAAGGUUUGGAACUACGGUACAUUUACCACAUUUAAACCAAUGUAACCCCACAUCCAUUUUCAAUACAGCUGCUUUUGAAAAACAAGAGAAUAAACUUUGUAUACAAU